CGACAGUCAACACGCAAGCAGAGCAGCACCCGACACCGACAUCCCCUUGCAAUUACACCGUCGAUCCAUCAACAACACCGGCAACGGGUAUUGCAGGAGACACAAGAUGGCGCAACAGGGACAGCCGCAUCUUCAAAUGCAACAGAUGCAAUACACGUACCAAAUAACACCUCCACAGCACCAGGUGCAAAAUGUUCAAAAUGUUCAACACGCGCCACAGCAGCAGCAGCAGCCAGUGCAGCAAUCAGUGCAGCCCCAAUUGCAUCAACAACCACAGCAACAACCCCAGAUGCAGCCCCAGAUGCAGCCCCAAAUGCAAGCUCGCCCGCAACAACAAAUACAGCAGCCGCAGCAACAGCCGCAACAGGGCCAGCCUGGUCAAUCCGGCCAGCCACAGCAACGCCCCAAUUUCCAGAUGGCCCUCCUGCCCCCGCCCCAGGACCGCCUGUACAACACCUGGGAUGACCUCAGGGAAGACGUCAAGGCCUUUGCCAAAUCCCAGGGCUAUGCCAUAGUCAUCGUCUCUUCUCUCAACCGCGACGCCGAGGGGCAGUACCGCCGCUACAACCUCUGCUGCGGCAAGGGCGGCAAGAACUACACCUCGCACAGCAAAGGCCUUCGCAACACCCGCUCCGCCAAGACGGGCUGCCCGAUGCGCAUGAAGGCGAUCCAGGAGAAGGCGUUCCCCUACAACGACAAGUGGCACGUCAUCGUGCAGUGCGCCGAGCACAACCACGAGCCCUUCACGGGCGGGCCCGGCGCCAACGCGCCCUCGCAGUUCCGCAAGAUCGAGGCCGACGGCAUGCGCUGGCUCAUGAUCAUGCACCGCGAGGCCCAGUGCAACCUGCGCCAGCUGACCAUCGGCAUCCGCCUCUCCUUCGGCGACAAGUACCAGUACGUCAAGAAGAGCGACGUGCGCAACAUGCUGGCCAAGAUCAAGCGCGACGAGGAGAGGAAGGCCGCCGCCGCCGCCGCCGCCCAGGGCCUGCCCAGCAACGCCCCCUACACCCUGAUCCCCCAGUCGCACCUGCCGCCGCCCCCGGCCCCGCCCACCCAGCCCGUCGAGCGGAUGCCCCAGCUGCCCGCCGACAUGCAGGUGCCCGAUCCGGACAUGGAGACGGAUGACGACGGCGAUGAGCUGUGAGGGCAGUGCUGGCCUAGGGGGUGUGACUCGUUUCUAGACCUCUAAUUUGAAGCUGGUGGGGGUUGAGGUCGAUCGAGGUGUCUAAUAGCUACCGAGGUUGAGCUUGACGGUGCUAAAUGUAUUAAUUAGUAAUUAACGGGGACGGAUAUCUUCCCUUCAAUCCGAGAGAAGGACAAACAGAUAUUUACCCUUGAACGCGCUCAGCCUUGACUGGGAAGUCGAAUGUAGCAUCGAUUGAACCCGCAGUUAAUGAAUCGAGUCUGACCCCGGAAACAUGAUGUCGGUGGCGGUGAAGUAAACUCAGCUGAGUGGUACUAACCGA